AUGGUUGUGCUUGAUAUUGCCAUGAAGAAGUCCACUCUAAAGAUAUCUUUAAGCCAGGUUGAGUUGUUAUUAGUGCUAGAAUACUUUGUUGUAAGGUGACUAUGAAGUUCUACAUGUUAAUUGAUGUAAGUCUGAGCUCUAAUUUGGCAUUGUUUUUUUCUCUUUUAUUUAUAGGAUUAUUUAAACAGACCAUCCCUUAAAAGACAGUUUACAUCAAGUGUUUGGGUUUCAAUAGGAGAGUCUUUGGACAAGAUAAGCAAUGAUGAUUCAACAGGAAAAUUUGACAAUGAAUGGAUCAACCCAUAUAAAAACAAAGUUGUAGAUUGUAAGAUGUCACACCGAUACAGGGAUUCACAGACUCAGCCAUCAUCCCUUCCUAGGAGGUAUAAUUCUUUACCAAAGAGUUAUUCCUCUCAGAAUGCAACUAGAGAUUCAUCGCAUUCAACAAGAUACAGGUCAAUUUCUUCAUCUUCUACAGCAACCAGCAGUACACCUGCUACACAGUCCUCAAGAUAUGGAAGUUUACAGACAUAUGGCACAUCAACGCAGUCUUCACUUACCAAUGACCUGAAAAAAACACCUUCUCGCAGAUCAACAAUUACUACACUUUCUAGCAGGCCUGUUGGUGUUAAGAGCAUUCCAAGAAAAAAUUCAUACCCUUCAUCGCAGUCUUCAAGUUUUCGAGAUUCAACCCUGUCAUACACAGCUAGGCAGUUAUCAAAUAGAACACGCAGAGGUUCAGGUAGUUUAUCUCGUGACUCAAGCUGGGAACCUGGUGAGCUGCCCAUCAGGCAGCGAUCAAGUAUUACGUUAAGGGAGACACAGCCAGUUUGGGGACCAGAUGAGCCCCUCACAAGACAAUACUCAAGUAGUUCUUUGCGGGAUUCACCCUUUUCUUUAGCAACAAAAAGAACUCAUUCUUUGCGUCAGGAUUCUGGUGAAACUGAAACUCAUUUAACUUCUCGUAGAAAAACAAGUCCAGUUGAAUCGACUGGUUUGUCAAGGUCUGUUUCUCCCCAAACUACGGCCUGUUGCAGACAUCAUAGUGAUGGUGAAUCGCAGACAACAUCUUCACAUCUUGAACAUAGUCCAGGCGAAGUAACCUCAACUAGGCCUGUGUCACCCUCAAGUGUAAAAUACCAAGGGAGUGAAUCGAAAGAAGAAGAACCAAAAUCCCCUAAGUCACCUGUUGUUUUGUAUGCUGGUAGCAUUCAACAAACAGAGUCACCAAGUUCUAUAAGUGAAAGUGCUUCACUAAGAAGCGCUCAGAAUGGGAGCAGUGGUAGCCAAGCUGUUGUUUGUGAUGAUGAUAAUGAACUGGAAUCUUCUGCAGCGAGAGAUAUUUCGCUUUUGAGUAGACAGAUAGCUAGUGUUUAUGAAGGGUCACUCACCAGAAGUGAUUCAAACAGAGGAUCUCGUCCUCUGAAGAAGCAGAAGGCUGUGAGUGGUGAUGACGAAAAAGCAACUGAACAAAAGAAAAAUCUGGGAAAAGGAGUGCUUACGGAAAAGGCAACAGAAAAUAAUGAGAGAACUUCAGAGGGAAAAGGUUUAGUGUCAGAUGGAAAGAACAUAUUGAAAAAAGAAAAUAAAAGAAGCUCUAGUAUUGAAUCUGCAACAGCUAAAGAUGAAAACAAAAAACCCAGGAGGAAAUUGUCAGGAGUUUUCUCUCGCAAAAAGUCAUCUGAUUCAGAAGGGGAUGAAGAGAGAAUACAGCGCAAAAGUUUUUUCCCUCGUAAAAGUUCCAAAGAAUCUGAUAAAGAAGUAACAGGUAGAAGGGGUUCUUCAUCAUCAGCGCAUUCUGGAUCUCCACCUGUUACACCUCCAAAAAGAAAGAUUUCUGGCCCAAGUAAAUUUUUUUCUUAUUCCAGUGACUCUAAGACAACUCCAGAGGUGCCUAAGAAAUUUUCUGUGCCUGGAAAGUUUUUCAAAGGCAAAGACUCAAGUGGUGGUGAAUCAAGUGACUUGGAAUCAGAUUCCUCAAAAUCACGAUCACGUAUGAAAAGACGUGUGUCAUUACCAGGUGUAUUAGGUCGUGCAAGAAGUUCUAGUGCCGAGAGGACUGGUAGCAAAUCACCUAACCCCCAACCAUCGAUAGAUCCAGCUCUUCUUAAUAGGCGCAGGAGCAAUUUCAAGAAAGCUCAGUCAUUUGAUGUGCAGAGUGACACAUCAAAGAAUUCAAUGUUGAAUAAGCUGAAAUUCUGGGAUCAUACUAAGAAGGAAAAAUUAUCAGAUUCAAGGACGUCAACAUCACCAGAGGAGGGCAGAUCAGCAUCAAAUUCUCCUAUACCAGUCCAUAAUAAUUCUAUAUCAUCCACUGUGGAAAAGAAAGUAGAAGACAAGACAUCACGGUUAAGGAGAAACAGGGAUAGAACAGUUAAGCAGACAUCUUCACUAGAGAAAGAAACUGCUCUGGCUGUUAAACCCGAGGUAACAGGUUUAUCUAGAGACCAAAGUUUAGAAUUUUCCCAGAAGGAAAUGCAGUCUUCUAAGGGUGAUGACAGCAGUACGGUAAAUGGUAAAGAAGCUAAAGUUCAGUAUGUUGGCCAGGUUAAUGUGCCCUCACCAUCUGAGCAGCGUGCUAGAAAACGUGCCCAAUACAAGGUUAACUCUGGGAAAGAUAGUAAUAGUACGGUCACACCAUUAGAGAAUUUAACAGGUGCUCAAGUUUCCGAUGUAAAAACAGUCGAAAAGAAGACACCAGAAUCCAAUGAUAGUUCAACUAGGGACACUGUAUCAAAGUUAAGAGAACGAAGAAGGAAGAGACGUGAGGAGAGGGAGCGUUUUUUUGCUAGUAUGGGUUCAUCAAAAGACGCAGGCAAAGCACAGGACACCCAGCAAAAUGGUCAUGUGCAGAGUGAACCUACAAAUACUAAUGGCUCAGUGAAAAACACAGUGCAAUCAAAGCAGGAUCACAUUGAUGCAGGAAAGAAGCCACAAGGGGAUAGUGUUAAAAGGGUAGAACUAACUCCAAAACUUAGUGCUGUUGGGAAAAGGUCAACAUUUGAUGAUGUUGUGCAAAAAGAAGCCAAGACUAAAGGUGGAAGAGCACGAUAUCAAACAAUAGCCUCUUCGGUUCAUGCAGAUAUAAUUGCUGAUCUCAUUCGCGAGAAAGGGUUAAAGUCAACAACAACUAAUGAAGUCAAAAUUCCUUCAGUGUCAGAGCUUAGAGAAAGGUUCCUUAUAUCUAAGGAUGAUGGUAAGAUCUCUCCAACCAGGCUAAUGCUGAAACUUGAUGAAAGGCCAAACAGCAUAUGUGGGGAGGUCUUGUCUCCCACAGAGAUGAAAAAAUUUGAUGACAUUACUUUCUCCUUGGCCAGAAAAGUUUCUUCUAGUGACGUGAAGACAAAGAGGUUCUCCGGCAGCAGUGACGAUUCAUUGGCGAGACUCGACACCCCUUGGAAAUCCAUUUCAAAGGAUAGUAAAACAAUCCCUCCUUCUUCCCCUGAAGUUAUACGUUCUUCUAAAGGAGACAAGAAAAUAGAGAAUGUUCCAAAGCCAAAGGAGGAAUGCAAAGAGGAACAAGUUGUGACUGGAGAAAGUGACACUUUAAAGAGGAAAGCUGGUGGUAAGAAAAAAAGAAAGAUCUCAAUAUUUGGAGCUGAUCGAGAAAAAGACAAGGAACCAAAAUCUCCUGAGGAGGAGGUGGAAUCAUCACAGCAUGGCGCAGUCUCUGCGGCAAUCAAAGCCAUGUUUACGCGAAAAAUACCCUCAUCUGACAAGUCAAAGGUACCAGGGAGGCAACGAAUUAAGUCGACGCCAGACUCUUCAGUGAACAACAAAAUAUUAGACACUUCAAGUGAUAGGGAAAGAAAGACAUCUGCUCCUGAAGAAAUUGUAAGCAAGUCACCAGAAAUCGUCAAAAGCCAUCCUGUGAAAGAGAACAAAGGUUUAAAAGAUCAUGUGAAUGUUGACAACAAGGCAAAAAUAGCUAGUGAGACACAUCCUUCCCAGAAAGAGAGAAGAGAGUCAAAAGAUCAGGUGAAGACUGAGAUCACACAGGAAGUGAAGAAUGGGGAUAACGCAAAAGACAUUGAACUGCAUCCUGUUUCAGGCAUUGAGGAGAAACCUAAGGAAAGGAAAUCCCUGAAGAAACGUAAGUUAUUCUAACUAAUUUAGUGAAAUUAGAUUUAAUUAAUGGAAUAAAAUUAUAACAAGGUUGUUGGUUAAUGUCUAAAGAGUGAUCAUUCAAGUGAAAGCUACUGAUGAGUGAUUCCUGUGCAGGUACCCUUGUAGAAUCAGACACUGUGUAGAAUCUAUGCAAAUGCUAUGUCACAAAGCUGUUAAUCAGUCAUACAUUAUGUUAACCAGAUCCUAUGUUGUUUCUUCUAUGCCAGGACUAUUUUUUUGUAUUGAAAAUGCUAUGUUUUCACUAGUCAAACGGAAGCUACUUACAUGUAAAAGCUAUGCAGUUUUUAAAAGUAGGAAUAAAGGAAGAAAUGACAUAGUUUCCACAUAACCUAUAUACCUACAAUUUACUUAUCUUUUGGAAAGAGAUUUUAGACCUCAUAGUCAGCGUUAUAGAAAAAUCAUAGAAAAUGAAUAUCCUUCACAUAAAUGACUGAAGUAGAGUUUACAUAGUAAAAUGGAACAGGGAACAGUUUAUUAAAUAGCUUUUGAAUAGGGUUUGUCUUUUAUGUAUGCAGGUUUCAAUUUGCUUAAGCAAAUGUACGUUUAAAAUACGCUCGUAAUAAUCACCAGAAUAGAAAAAAUAUUAUAAACAUGACAUAGAAUGCCUUGAACAUGGGUAAGAAAUAGGUUUUGAAACCAAAAAAUGAAAAACCAUGCAACACAAAAAUUAAUACAGUACUUUCAUGCAGCAGUUUCAGAGAAUCAAAAGCGCAAGUUAAAGUUUGCUUAAUUUGCUCAUUGUCUGGACUCUUGGCUGAUGUCAUGCUCAUCAGUGCCAUACAGUUUGCUUGUGACUGCAAUAAAUAAGUAUCUGCAAACAGAAAAGUUGAGAUUUUAAGGUAAAUAAACGCAAAAACAACCUUAUUUUUCAUAACUGAAACGAACGAAGCGUUAUCGAAUGGUGACUGCUCCAACUUGUUCAGAUACGCGAAAAGGGGAGAAAACGCUCGUAACCAAAUCAAAACUUAAAUUGAGAGAAACAUCACUUACUGAUGUUAGGAAUACUUAUUGUUGAACCUGGCAGGAAAAGUCUUUAAAUUGAAGUAACAAGAAGCAUCUUCUUUUAAACGCAUGCUUCACAGUUCAUUUUAUUCGCCUUGAAAGUACCCGUGUGAAAUCAGAUAAUGUUCACACCUUUUCAUUGGUUGAAAAAGCCCCUGUAAUGAUAAAAAGCAAAAUACCCAUGUGUUGAACUCAUGGGCUUCCCUGGGAACUAGUGGAAACAAAAUGGCAGACAAACAUCAAGGACUGCAGCUAGCGUUUCACAGUUUUGACCAGUUUUAUUCAGGAGUCGUCUACAAUCAAGAAGAAGGAUAGAAGCUGAUAUAAAAGGAGAAAAGGAUGCAUGGAAGUAUCAUUUCAAGUGAAGCAACACUAGGGAAAGGCUAGAAAGGAAAGUUAAGGCAGGAAUGAUGGAUGCAGAGACUGCUUAACAAAAAAAUUAUAGUAUAUAAUUUUUAAGCUUUUUAGUUUAAAACGCUGCUCUUUACGUUAGAUGUAUGCUUUUUGUAAGUGCUAUUUAACCUGUACUAUCAACAUGCCUAGUUUUUUAAAAGCUAUGUUGAAAUAUCACACAGGAAACACAUAGACUGCAUUGUUUUUCAUAUGAGUGACAUAGGAAAAAAUAUGUUUAUGUAAAAGCUAUGUAGCCUUUAUGUCAUGAUAAAACUAAAUUAAAAUGUCACACAGUAAAAACAUAGGCUGCAAAAUAUGUUUGAUUCACAUAGCAUAGAAUAUACAUAGCACUGUGUAAAAGAUAAGAAUAUUGUUGGAAAUAAAAGUGAACAUUGAGAUGCUUUGUAAAAGCUAUUUUACUUUGAUGCUAAGUGAAUACAUAUGAUGCAAAUCAGAAGGAAAAGCAUAACUUUCUAUUGCAUAGUAAAUACAUAGCCAUGUCAAGACUAUGAAAGGAUUUUGAAUAGUAUUUGCAUAGGUAUUAAAAGCUAUGUAUUUCUCAUAGCCUAAACAUAGUUUCAACACAGAUUUUUCAUACUUUGGACUAUGUUAUGUGGUAUGUUACAUAGUUAAUACAUAGGCAGUAAUGAACAUAACAUAGCUGAAGCAUAGUCCAACAUAGUAAAUAAAUAGCAUGAGCAUAAGUUUUGCAUAUGUCUGGUUCUACAAGGGUACUUUGUAUAAUGAUGCACAAUGCAAUGUGGUUCUAAUGUUUAUGUGUUAUUAAUAGAGGAAAAUUUUAUUAUGCUCCCAUUGAAGUGAAAGCUACUUUGCAGUUUGUAGGUACUUAGAAGUGGUUCUGUUCAUGAUACUGUAUAAUGCAGGGUUGUUGUUACGUUAUGGCCUCUGGAUGCAUCAAUCAUAUUGUGUGUCGAAGUAAAGCUCCUGAGCAGUGCAUAAACAAGAGGUCCAUAGUACUGUUUGGUUUGGUGCACAAGGUGAUUCUAAUUUUGGAUCUGUGUAUAAAAACCAUUAUUACAUAAUGACCAUCCAAGUGAAAGCUACUAAGCAGUUUUAUUACAUGUACAAAUGAUGUACUUUUCUGUGAUGGGGUUGUUACGUGCAUGUCAUGCGGAGUGUUACUUAUGCUCAGUUAGCCUCCCACACAAGCAUUUUUAGGGGAGCUCGUAUUUCAUCCCUCCCCACAAAUGCCUGCGCAACUGAGAACAACAUGCUGUAUGGGUGGCUAAUGUUCAGUUUGUCCUCAAGUAAUGUCCUUGAAUGACUUUGUGUUUGUACUUGUGUACAUCAUAAUUUAUUACUUAGUACAGGUUUAGUUGGAGAUAAGAGGUUUCUUGGCCUGAACUUUCUGCUAGGUUCUGUUUAAGGUCAAUAACUUUUUGUUUUGUUUAGAAUCAGGUGGAGUUAAAUAACAGAUAAUAGGUUAUUAUUGUGUUUAAAGUGUUUUAUUUCCUUGUGUUGUUUGUUUAAGAAAACAAAAACUGCAAAUAAACCCCUCCAGAAAGGAACAGUCAGGACAUCGAAGUAAAAUUGAAAAAAAAAGAUAAUUGACUUUAACCCAGGCUGAUUCUAAAUUUCCUUUGUCUGCUACGGCUAGGAGACAGAAAAAAAUGAAAAUCACUUAAGGUUAAAUCAAAAUUAACCUGAAAUCAAAUUUGACCUGUAACAUGUACAUGUACGCAUGUAAGACAAGACUGUUAGCCUAAACAGUCCAUUUUGCUUGUCUUGCCUCCUGCAGUCAGCUCUUAUUUUUUGAGAUACAUGUACUUCUUGAAUCAUAGAGAGAUUUAGAGUCACUCUUAGAGCAAUGGACAAAGGUGAAUUUUUACCACGUGACCAAGUUUUAACUUUACUUGUCUUUACCUGUUCUUUACUUCCAAAAAAAUUAGUUGUUUAUUUUCAUCCAUAAAAACUGUCUUAGGCAGUUUUUAUCUGCAGUAUCAUUUUGCUUUUUUGUGAAAUUCUCAACUUGGAUCAACUGCCAUUUACCAUUUACCCUAUAAUGUCACUCUAAAUCAUCUCUAACAUUUUAAUACUUGAAAGUCCUAUUUACACUGUAGGUGUUUAUUCAAACUAAACUCAUCAAGAUAGUUUUUGUUUUUUUGUUUUAAAUCAAGUGCAGUGGCUGGAACUUUUCUGUUUUGACAACCUAGUCAGUUUCCUUUUCAUAGCUGAUCUGUUUACAUUGGCCACAAAGAUAAUGUGUUUGUUUUUGUGUGUGUGUGAGUUUCAUGGACCCAGUUUAGAAGGCAAAGACAAACAUUGUCAAGAUAGCAGCAUUGAUAACUUCCCUUAUGCAAACAAAGCACUUUAGCAUGCAGAUCAACUUUACAUUUUCUCUUUCUAUGGAAACACAGUUGUUAUGUUAAAUAUUGUAGAGACUGGAUUUUAACCAAGGCUGUUACUCUCGUAAGUUCGUUUUUUGUUUUCUUAAAAUCAAGUGCUAUGUAUUGCAUGCUUAACUGAAAAUUGGAGUAAUGUAUACUGAAAUUUAUCUCUUUUAAUCUCCCUUGUGACAUUAGGUGUUUCUAAAAUGUUCUGUCAUUAGAAACCGAUAACUUUGCUGUACAUCUUCAUGUCUGGUUUACUUUCUGGCACUUCCAAUCAGCUUUUGUCCUAUAAAAAGCCUAAUUCAUGUUGCAAACUUGACAAGGAAAUUGAAAAUUCAUAAUUUCGUUAGUGCCACAAAUUACAGUAAAUUUGCUAUAAUGGUAUCAUUAUUUUUGUUUUUGUCACAGUUACCAGUAGGUUUUUUGUGUGAUCCUAAAAUGUCUCCUAUUACUGUUCACGUCCCAUGCACUGGUAAAACCAUUAUAAUAAUAAUUAUUCAUGUACUAGCUUAUAUACUAAUGCAUUGUACGCCUGUAAUAGUCCACUAGUGUCUUCAAUAACAUUUUCUAUGGCAGAUCUUGGUAAUAUAAACACCUUUCCUUCAAAAAUACCUUUACACUGUUAAUAUUUAAUAUCUUUAUCAAACAAUUAGGGCCAUAUUUUGCAUUUAUUUUGAUAUUCAAAAGUCUUGCACUUUAAUAAUGUGUCCUUUCCUGGCUAUGAAUACAGAAUAUUAAAAUCUUUGUGUCAGUUUUGAUGUGUUUGUUAAUGAUUUUUUACUCUGUUCAGAAUACGGUGAUUCUUAUUGUUACACUGUACUUUUAUAGAUCUUAGUUAUCACCCUCUACAUGUAGUUUUUAUAGUCUUAGGUUAAUUUGUACGGUAAAAUCACUUCAGGGCAUUUACUAAAAGGUAGACAUUAGGCAUGUGUGUUUUAAGCCAAUCAGAGAGUUUCUUAGGAGUUUUUUUAAUCCCAUUACAACUACCUACAGUGUAAAUUUUUAACUUUCCUGUAUGUAAAAAAUACACCCCAUUAGAGUGCAGCCACAAAGACAUCAUGCUUUGAUUUUUAGAAUGACUAUGUUCACAUCAAGUGAGAGAGAACAAAAACUUUGUGCAUGCUAACUUUGAAUUUGCCAUUUUUAGCUUUUUAUUACAAACUGUGUUCAACUGUAUAAUAAUAUAUUGAUAUCUUUAUCAUGUGUGGUGCUGGUAUGGGGUUUUCUAAGGUGCAGUAGUUUACAUGUACAUGACUGUAUGCUAGUGGGGAGAAUGUUGCAAGAGAACUGUGAAUUCCUUUGUAAAGGUAACUUAGUAAAAGUAUAGUGCUUAAUGGUGAUUGUAACUAAUAAUAACACUACAAAGUUGCAUCCAGAGCCAUAAUUAGACAUAUUUCCUGUCUGCUUGGAAUUUCUCUCUGGGAUUUCUAACGGUCGAGGUAUUCAUAUUUAAACCUUGUCAGCGUCAAGUUUGUGAGCAAAUUAUUGUUGUCAUUAACAGCUUCCAAGAACAAGAAAAGGACUUUUAAAUCAACAAUCAAACCAUUUGGUGGCAUGAUGAAAACCAAGUCUGAAUCCAAUCUAAUGCAGCGGUUUGAUUUGAUUGCUGUGGAUAUUCCUAUUGAUGGCGAGCCAGAACCUGAGAAAAAGAAAAUGGAUAACGACAUACAGCUGAUCUCAAAUGUUACAGAUGAAACAAAUAAGGUGGAAGAUUUAUCAAGUGCAAGCCAGAGGGAAAGACCUUCAGGUGUGUUUGAAGAAGGCUUAAAGGAAUUUUACAACAAGAAAGUGGAGGAGAAGAAAAGUACCACAACCUGUUCUCCAGAAAUUACAUUGGAGGAUCUGGACAUAAUUUCAGGGCAAACUACUCAGUGAGUUUUGUUUGUAUCGAUGCCGUAUGUUUAUGGAAAUUGAUGUCACUUUCUUGCUAUGCAACUUUGCACUCACAUAGAUAUAAGAAGUUACUUGUGUCUUAUUAGAGAGCUUAAGCAACAAUGACGGCAACGGCGGCAAGAACAGCAAAAAAGCAAUAGGUUUAGAUUAGCAAAACAACAACUUUGCACACGUGUGCAUCUUGCUUUUUUGUACAUUUCUUUGCUGUUGUUGCACAACUACAAUGUGAAACUUCCUACAGCUGUAGUUUCACGGUUUAUGGAGGACAUGAACAAUUCUUUUUCUGAACUUAGAUACAGUCCUUGAGAAUCAACACCAGAAAAAUUCUUCACACGAGACAAAUUGAAUGAAACAGAAUAAGAGUGAUGAAGUUUGGAAAAACACAAAUUAAAUUUUCAGUUUGUUUUUGCUGCUCUUACUGUGGUUGUUCCUUAAGCUCCCCAUUGAGUGGGAGAACCAAGCCCUUGAAAAAAGGCCGGUUCAUGGCCAUGGUGUACAUGCGAGAACUGUGUUUCUGGAGGGUCUAUGUGAGCUGUCCACUAGCUUGGAUUUAUCUCUUAGUGUUCAGUGCUCUUGAUUCAAGCCAUAUUUUGUUUUGCAGACAACUGAAUUCCUUAGCAGGGGACAAAAUGAAGAUCAGGCCUAAAAGACACCAUAAAACAGCAACAAACCCAAUAAAGAACUUGCAGCAGAGAACUGAUGUUCGAACUGACACAGAGGUACAUUAAAAAAUUUUUACAGUCCUGUUUAUUUUAAAAUUAUGUUUAGGUAUUUCAGUCCAUUAAUAGUAAACUGAUGGUAAAGUAAUAAUGAACUAUUUCACACAUUCAUGUAAAUAACACAAUAAAAAAUUGAUCAUGUUAGGCAUCCUGAAUUUCACAGGGUUAGAGCUCUGGGCUCCCUUUAAUUUUUCUUAGAUCACAUCUAUCCUUGAAUGUGGUCGUGUGGCUAAAAGUGACUUAAAUUUAUUUUCUUAUGUUAUUAACCCUUUCCAUCUACAGCAAGUUUAUGAUAAGUCAUUCCAACUUAACCCUUGCUUUCAUAAACAAAUUUCUAUAAUAAUUGUGACCAUUCCAGGGCUCGAAAUGUAAAAAAACAGUGCAGUCCCAUUUUGUGACUACAGCUGUAGAUAUGAAAAUUUGGUCACAAAAAUGCAAUUUUUAAAAUUUUUGUUUAGCUAAUACAUUGCAAUUAACGUAGUGGAAUGGUUAAUUUUGAAUUUUAAGUAACUUCACAGUUAGUAAGUAAUAUAGUUGUUGUGAUUGACAGGUUGAGAGACCAAGAAUAGAGAAAAAACAAGUCACCAGUGAACAUCCUGUCAUCAAAAGAAAGAAAAAGAAAUAUAAAGAUCCAGAUAACUUGUGUAAGAAUAUGAGACCCGGCCACAGAUGUUGAGUUCUUUUUUUAUUCUCUUUUCUGCUACCUGUAGUUGUCAGAGAGAUUUUUUUGUGGGGAUAAAACAAAGCCCUUACAGUGCACCUGUAAAAGUGAUUUGAAGUGCUUGUUCUCCAACAAUAUUUUUAAAUCAAACACUUUAUUAUGGUGUUGAAUUUCUUGUACUUGUAAUAAAAUGUGGCCUAAGAGGGAAGGUGCUCAUUUACAGGACAGCCAUUGAGAGUACCUGUUGUUGUUGUUAUUAUAUUGUUAUUAUUAUUAUUAUCAUUAUUAUUAUUAUUAUUAUUAUUAUUAAUCAUUAAUUUUUUUAAGCAAACUGAAUUUUUAUUUUGGCAGAAAAAUCAAAGAUCAAACAUCACAGAAAUUUAAAAUAAUGGGAGUAGAGUGCAGGUUCUCCUUUGAGGGGGGUGGGGGUGGUGGGGGCUGGGCUAAUUAUUUGCUAGUUGUACCAAUGGGUUGGGGCAUUUAUUUGGGGGAGUGAGUCCUCCUUAGAGCAUGGGUACUUAUUUUGGGGGAUACUGUCACAAAAUAAUAUUAAUCUUACCAUCGCCUUGAUUAGGAGUCAGGUCAGUGCAGUGAUUCCAGAAAUUAGGCAUACCCAUCUCAUGGAUUGUCACUGAAAUGUCUAGAGGGAGAGGUGGGGGAAGGAGUCCAAAAGUUCCAGAGGGGUGGGGGUAGUUCAAGCCAAAAAAACCUCCACUGGGGGAGUAUGGAUGUUUUCUGCAUGGUCUCUAACACUGAGUGUAACUAAGUGUGCGUUCCUUUUAGAUGAUCAGGAUCAGGAUCAGUGAUCAGAUCAUGAUAGAUCAAAUUAAUGAUCAGAUGAAUCCACUCUGGAGAAGGAUUCAUCAGUUCAUUUGCCCUACCAUGAUUUGAGUGAUCUUGGAUCACUGAUCCUGAUCCGGAUCAUCCCAAAGGAACGCACCUGAACUUAUUGUUUGUUUGUUUUUUUUACAAUAAAAUGCAAGAAAAAUGCUCAAAAUCAGAAUUAUUGUAAUGGAGCAGACUGCAGUGUUUCAAGUUCAACCAUAAAUUGCAUUUAUAUCUGGUCUUACUGAGGUUUUGGAUUAACUUUCAAUAGCAAAUGGUAGAGGUAUGAAGUUAAAAUAAAAACUGAGUGCAUGUACAUACGUACUUGUGUUCCAUUAGGGAGACGUCACACACUUGACUUAGCAGCAUCAGCGUUGGCAGGUCUAGCAAGCACAGAAGAUUUCACAAAGGUCAGAUUACGGAAAACAGCAGGUCCAGAUGAGAAAGAUGAAUUCAGAGGAACUAAACCUGUUAUGCUUAUUCACAUCAAAGGUGAUUGAUUGUUUUAAAGUCAGGGUUCUCAAUAGAAGGUGGCACCCGGCGAUUGAUCGCCGCUUACUUUGGGAUUUAUAGCCGCUUACUUUGUGUUUAGGUCGCUUUUCUUUGCUUUGUUUUGACACCUCUGGCUUUGCUGAGGAGCCUCCUACUUUAUCAGUGAUCACCUCCCACUUCAAAAUCUAUUGAGAACCCUGAAAGUGCAGUCUGAAACUCAAACAACAAAAAAUAAUUACAUGUAAUGUUUCAUAAUUAACUUGCUAGAUUCUUCCUCCAAGAAUUCACUUACAUUCAUGUACACUAAAUAUACUGUAAUAAAAUCAAACAUACAGUUUGUAUUAAAAUAGUGUUGUUUUGUAGGCCGCCGUCAUCUUCAAGUACGUCUUGUUGAGCCUAGCCUCAAGUCACUCAACUCUGGGGACUGUUUUGCUCUGGUGACGGAGAAAGAUCUUUUCUCUUGGAUUGGAAAAGACUGUAAUCCUUAUGAAAAGGCAAAGGUCAGUAAAAGACUAAUUUACAAUAAUUAUAUUAAUAAGUAUUUUUGUUUCUCUUGGAUUGUCUUUUUUGACUGGAAGCCUUUAAAAGAAUAUGAAAGUUGUUGAUGAGCAGUUUUCAUUUGCAGUACCAACCAUUUUUUUUUUCGAAAAAGCUAAUUCUUUGAUGUUAGUUUGAAAGGUAACUUAAUCCAGUCUCUUUGUGCAAAACAAAACGAAUCAGCACCAUAAAAUAUUGGGUUUCUUGUUUUAAACAGAGUUGUGGAAUGAGCAAUUUUAAAAAGGGUCAGGGUAAAAAGGCCUCAGCGACACACCUCUACUCAAGCAAUACUCAGAAAUUACAUACAGAUUAAAUUGUUCAAAGGUUCAUGUCAGAUUAGAUAUUAUAGUAGACUUGUACUUUGCUUACACUGCAGGUGACAGAAAUAGUGUCAAAGAUAAAAGCAAAGUCUGAACUGGACUGUAGAGCAAGGGACAUCAUAACAAUCGAAGAUGGAGAUCUUGACUUUGGUGCUGCAUUGGAUAAAUUUGUCAGUAUUCUCAAGGGUGAUCCUGGCUGCAACAAAAUAAAAGGUUAGCCGCAAGUUACUAUUUAUUCCUCUUGCAGUAUGAACAGGGUCAUUUUUAUCCUUUUUUUGCUGUCUAUUUUUAAAACGCUUUGACAUGACUACUCCAGCUUCUGCUUCCAUUCUCUAUUAGAAUUAUGAUCAGAUUGUUAUGAUCAUCUACAUGGUAUUUCCUUUAAUGGUUCGACCAUGGCUUGCACAGGCCUGGAAUACUCCUUGAAAAACUGCUAGGACCUUGAAAACUCCUUGAAUUUGUAGAAGCACUGUGCUUAAGAAUUUUAUUACAAACUCCUUGAAUACUUGAGACUACAAUAAAAUAAAUUCAUUUUGACAUCAAAAGAUUGAAGGAACUGGUCAGAAAUGACGAAAGGCUUUUCAUAUGAGGACAAUUCAGUGUUUCUUAUUUAAGGUAUAAAAGUAACCGCACCUUUAAUGGGGUUUCCCAAGUGUAUUCUUCAGCUCUCCUUCUAAGCAAACAAAACCAUGAGGAAAAUAUAGCUUGAAGGAGCUUGAAGCGUGAAAUCUAUUCGAUUUUGAAAUAAUUAUCUGUUAUCCUUUGGUAUAACGAUGUUAAAACGCACUUACAGGUGUUGAUUUGUUGGCAUGACUGUGCAAAAUGUGUAAUAUUCGUGACACAGUAAUGCGAGUGCCUGAGAAAAUGAACUCCUUGAAUUUUGUUAUUAAGUCCUGAAAAAGUCCUUGACAAAAAGUUGAAGAAACUUGUAUGAACCAUGGUUCCCAUCUCCUUAUGUACAGUCAACUCCCGAUAACUCGAACCCUCGCUAACUCGAAUCUUGCGCUAACUCGAACCAAAAUCGAUUUCCCCUGGAUUUCGGUCAUACAUUCAUUGUAAUUUUACCCUCGGUAACUCGAACCCUCGAUAACUCGAACUCCCGCUAACUCGAACCAAUCUUCGUUUCCCCUCAGGUCAUUUUCUAUAUAAUUUUACCCUCGAUAACUCGAACCACGUUUCGAGCCCUUAAAAAGUCGGGAAAAAAGCUGUCUACGGACUUCCGAAACAUUGAAUUUUGGAUUUCCUAUUGGCGUAUUGUAGGAGUAUAGUUUACGAGUGGAGGCUGAUGUUGAUUGUCACAGGCUAACGUGAAGCACCUUUUCUUUUCAAAACAGUAAAUCGCAUGCUCUAUUUAGGCUACGUUUUGUUACAUUACGUUCUGUUUUAUAAUAUAGAAGUAUCUUUUAAUUUUCACUUGACAUUUCUACAAAUGAAUGUGAUUAAAAUGUUCACUGUGCAGUAAAAACUGCUUUUUACCAUAUUCGCGGCUAUUUUCUUCGAACUCUCGAUAACUCAAACUCCAGAUAACUCGAACCUUUUUCGAUUUCCCUUGAAGGUUUGAGUUAUCGGGAGUCGACUGUACUACCAGUCUUUCAUGCAGAUGUUCCUUCCUCCUUAGUUAUGCUUGCUUUUUCCUCAAUCAAACAUGUUUUAUUAUUUUCCUUGAAGAUAUCCUGCUCCACAGAUCUCUUUUUGCUGUAUUAUUGACUUUCCUUAUACAUUAUUUAAGACCCCAUUUCCUCUAAAUAAUCAUUUUCCCUUUGUAUUUUUUUGAUCCCAUCCUCCACCCCUUGCACUGCCGUAUUUCCGAGAUGCUCAUCCCCAUGCAUGUACAUGUAAUACUCUUCUUCAAUCUAUCACUCAAGGUAUAAAAUAAAUCAUGCAGCCAAUAAAUUUGCUUUGUAAUAAAAUUAUUCCAUGUUACACACUGGGUCACUUCCUAUUAAUAUUUUAUUGUCUACUGAUGAAGGAACAUUUCCUUCUUUCUUUUAUCUGUUAGAUGCUCAAUCAAUGCCUAAAGAUGAAGAUUAUGAGAAAGGCUGUGUCAAAGGGAAUAUGGUGUACAAGAUACAGUGGACAGAUCCUCCAAAAUUGAUGCCAGUUGAAAGCAUGUGUGGGCAUAUUCCUCAAGUCUCUAUUCUUGAUACUAAGGAGGUACAUUGUUAUUAUACAGUUUUAGUAAAAGUGGUGGGAAACAAAAUCAGUUCUCUUUUGUGGACAUACAUGUACAGAUUGGGAGAAGGAACAGCACCAUGAUAAAAAACAACAACAAAAAAAAAACGAAACAAAACUGGGGGCAAAAAUUUAGUUGAAUGGUUUCAACAUAGCAUUUUAUCCCCAGCCAGAAGUCAAGUUUUUUCUGAUAGUAAACAUGAUUCAGACAUGGGAUUCAGACAUGGGAAAAAGAGGGUUUCAGAAAGUAAACAGGUAAUUAAUAGGCCAUCGCGUUUUUAUGUUGUGUUACAAUAAGAUGUGUAACAAAACAAUGUGAUGUGCAGCAGAGUAGCCCGAGAAAACAGCUGUUAUUUUGUGUACCACCACUGGAUUUGCUGCCAAAUGUUGUCUGAGAAACAACGUCAGAAAUUCCAUACUGAUGACGAGUCACUAUCCAGAUACUGGUGGUCCAGUGAUUCUGAUUGGUUUAGGUCAUUUUCCCUUGUGGCAUGCCCAAUCAGAAGCACUACCCAUAUCUGGGAAGUGACAUGCAUGUCAUCAGUAUAGUAUUUCUGCACUCUUUGCUCAGACAUCAUCUCACAGGGAAACCAGCGGUGGUAAGGUAAAAGGUAAAGGCGCACACAAAUGGCCGGAGCUCAUACCGGUUUCUGUAGCAUGAAGCAAGCCUAGGAGUAUUGCUACUUGCCCCUGGACAGGAUGCUAGUCCAUUGCAGGGUUACCCCCCAGCAGUAUGUUGGCGGUACCCAUUUAUACACCUGGGUGAAGAGAGACAAAGUGGAGUAAAGUUCCGUGUCUAAGGAAACAGCGCGACAGGUGAGGCUUGAGGUGUUAACCACUCGGCCACACACGCCUCCUCAACCAGCUGUGGUGGCAGUACUUAAUGUUGGCUGUUUUCUCGGGUUACUUGCAGAGUUUUUGUUUUCUUUGUUUUGCUGUUGUCGUUAUUUACAGUCUUGUUCCAAUGGCCAUUGUACUGUAGUUUCUUUGAAAAUUCUUUAAUGUAUUUUUUGUGUCUUUACAGGUGUUUAUAUUUGAUUUUGGAUCAGAGCUGUAUGUCUGGAAUGGCCAACAAUCAUUGUCAGGUCAAAGAAAGUCUGCGUUUGCCCUAGCCAAACAACUUUAUGCGGAACCGUUUAAAGCAUAUGGAAUUUAUGAUCCAAUCUUCCCAUAUGGUAAAUCUGAGAACUGCAAUAAUGAAGUUGAUAACAAAAUUGCAUCACAGAGACCCUCGUGGACAUUGUUUGCAAGGCUGCAUGAGAAAGCAGAGACAAUCCUGUUCCGUGAGAAGUUUCUUGAUUGGCCAGAUCCUACAAAGAUUAUUAGAAUGAAAGGGCAUCCCAGCAUGCUAGAGUUGGCAGCUCAAGAUAAGGUACUGUACAAAGGGUUGCACUUAAAUUGGAAUGAUUUCUUUUUUAAAGAAAAGUAUCUGUUAUCAAUGUCAUAGGCAAUGAGUUGAGCUGAACAUCCUCUGAAAUAAAGAUACACUCUGUCUAUGAAGACUAUAGUCUCAGUGACAUACAAAUUCUGCAUUUUUCUUGACCUCCUUAAGUGAAGACCCUCCUGAGUUGACACCUUGCUGGUCACAAAGGUUACGACGGGUUCAACUGUAACAAAAUUUUAGUUUCCUUUUUUUAAAUGUAUAAGUUAGGUUAGUCUUUCCUUACAAUACUGACAAAAAGUAAGUUGACAUGCAAUACUUGAUCUUGGCAUAAAGUGAGUAUCAGAAUCGAGCCUCAACUCUUGAUUGGCACUAAUCGAUUCCUGCAAGAACCAGAAACACUGUAACAGCCCUUGUUCCCUUUUGAGUAAUUGUCUGGUUACUAACAAAAAAGUGCUGGCAUGCACACCACUUAGAAGGGAAAAUACUUUUAGCAUUUUAAAAGUUGUCACACACUGUCCAAUUUACAGCAAGAGGCCAGGCCUUUCUUUAAACUGUUAUCACUGGUUAGUCUCAUGAAAUUUAUUAUAUGACUGCUGUUUACUAUUUUUAAGCCUCCUCCAGUUGAAUUGAAGCCAUGUGAUCCUAAAAUAAUGUUGAAGAGUGCACCACCAUUAGAGUGUCCAACGUUUGAAGGGGUGAAUGUUGGGCGUGGCAAUGGUGUACCAACUGUGUGCGUUGGGGAUAUCUACAAAGAAGGAAACCUUGUUACAACUGUUGAGUUGACUGUGUGGCAUAUCAAUGAGUACAGACAUUUUAAGCUACCACCAGCUAACCAUGGGCAUUUCCACUCAGGUAUGUUAAAACAGUAUUUUUUCUGUCAAAGAUCUGUGAGGGAGCUUUUUGUGCUUGUUUAUUUAUAAUAUAAUAAUAUUCUCUUGAGACCCUUUGAAUCUGACCAGAAAUUUUUAUUUUGCAGCCAAAUGUCAAGAAUAAAAUACAAUCAAGUUAGAGUACUGUCAAGACUGUGCUCUGAGGAAAAUUUUAAAUUUGAAAGCCAGACUGCCGAGCAUUAUGAUUUCUAUGAGAAAGCUAAACUUUUCUAUUCACCCAGCUAGGGUGCAAAAGUUAGGUGCCAGAGGCCACUGAGUACUGCUUGAGCACAGCCUCGACUCUUCUCAUACAUGUACAAUGUACAUGUACACUAGCACUUAAGGGUUUCUUCUACAUUUUAAAUGGUGCAGGGCUCUAAAAAAAUUUAAAUUGCAGCUUGUCCAUUGGGCAAGCAGCUGUCACAUUUUUCUUACCCAGGCCAGGGCCACUUCUUGCUCCUCUUAUAGUUAAUGAUUUUGUUUACAGGUGAGUCUUUUGGACCCUCCUUGCCCGCUGGGCAAAUAAGUCUUAAACGUUCCUUGCUCAGCAAGAAAAUGUACUUGUUCCAGACUAAUGGACAGAACUUUUUUCGGAGCCUGGCCUGUGUGCAUACAAAACAUAAAAGCCAUUAGAAAUGUUUGUUGUAAAAAAUGUUACUUGAGCAAUCCCAAAUGGUAGUUGCUUUAAAGAUACGAAUUCAACUAUUUGGGUUUUCACUCUUUUAGGUGAGGGAUAUGUCAUUAGAUGGGCGUACUUUGUACUUACUGACAGAAUCGCCAAAGAUCGGAAGUCUCGUUGUCGAUCAACAGUUGCAGGACGUGUUCGCUGUGCAUACUUUUUCUGGCAAGGUAAUGAUUGCUCUGUGAAUGAGAAGGGUGCAGCUGCAAUUAUGGCUGUGGAGCUUGAUGAAGAGAAAGGACCACAGGUAAGGUGCCCCCUCCCCCCCCCCCAGGAAAAAGUUCUUUAUGUUAAUGUAUUGUCUGUGAGAACACUGCUCAGGAGCGGAUCUAGGGGGAGGGUGCAGGGUGUGUCCACUCCCCCCUUAGAUGACCUGUGGCUUUCUAAUACAAUUCUUGGUAUUCUGUAUUAAAAUGUGUUUACAUCACCAGUCAGUUACACCAUUUCUUAGUGGUGCACCUCCCUCCCAAGAAAAAUCCUGGUUUCAUCCCAGCGGUUGUUACAUUUUGUUUUGGAGGUGAGACUGCCACAUUUUCAUAUAUAGUCAUGCAAUUAUAAGUCAGUGCAGCAUGUUAUUCUUUCUUGAUUUUGUUUUCAUCACAUAAUAAGUCCCAGUUGUGACAAGCAUCCAAUUUCUCCUAACAAUGAGGUUGCUUGAUCAAAUAGACGGGCCAUGAGAAUGCAUUAAUAAAGAUGAAAUGUCUUGAUGUUUGAUCAAAUUAUCUCAAGUUAAACUCAUUAUAACAAUAGAUAAGCAUGGGGGAGGUACUUGACAUCCUGGUGGAGCCCAGAACUGCAGUCAAGUGCAGCAGGUAACCAUGACAACCCUGUGAGCAGUAUCUCCUGGCACCCUCAUACUGCUAACCAGUGGAAACUAUUGACACUUAAAGGGUUUAGACCCUGAUUAUUGGUCUGGCCCUCAGGAAGAAUGGAACCUUUUUUUAUAGAGGGUGUUGUUAUCUCUCAUUUCUUUCUGUAGGUUAGAGUUGUCCAAGGAAAAGAAAGCCCAGUCUUUUUAAACCUUUUCCAAGGAGGAAUGAUAAUUCACAAUGGCAGGUACAUACAUGUAUAGUGAUAGUGAAGGCAAAAGAAAAUUAUUCAUCCCUUUGCGUUAGAAACUCUCACAGCAUUAAAGGAAACCCAUUUUUUGUUGUACUAGUGGUUAGUUUUAUUGCAUGAUAUUUGCAUGCAACAGUGUUGUACAGUUUAAUAACCAUGAUUAAUAGAUAAUAAUUAUUAUACAAAAACCUAAGUGGAAAAUAAGAGGGCAGGAAUUCCAAGACGAAUUUAUUUUUGCCAACGGUUCUGUUAUUGUGAUGACUUCCACAAGGUUUACACAGGCUGUGAAUGCUGGUUUUGUGUUUAUACAAUUGUUGUAUUUAAUGUGUCAAUUUUUGCCAAGCAUCAGUUUGGGCUUGAUUCUAGGAAGCGGCCUACCUACCCAUCCCUUAACCCAAUAUUUUGCCCUAAAGCGGGAAGUUAGUGUUACUGUUAACUUUGGCUCAGGGGAGGGGUAGGUGGGUAGUUUUUAGCAUCUUAUACUGAUCCUUUAUGAUUGACCCCAGGGAUAGGUGAUGUCAUUAAAAUUGACACCAUCUUUGGGACAGUCUUGUCCUUGACCAAACAUCAUCCUGUGAAACAUAAUAAUUAUGACAAAUAGGUUUUGUGUCUUGGUCCCACACUUCAUCUUUAACAAAUGAAAAUGUGUCUUAAUCUUUACCUUGAUCAAAGAAAACGACUUAUCAAGAGGUAAAAACUUAUGCAUGCAUUAGGUACAGGUUUCAAUGAGACAUUUUUCAAUACAUAAUCUACCUCAAUGAAGACUGCUUUGGUAACUGAUCAUUGUCAGAUUAGACGUAGAGUAUAAUAUUAUUUAAGCAUACAGAACUCGCUACAAUGAUUUGCUUGAGUGACCACCAAACAAUAUCUGCCAGUGCGCAAUUCCCAAUGCCCAAAGCAAUCUUUAUUGAAUCAGCUAUAUACAGUAGAAUCUUGGUGGUACAAGGUGCUUACAUUGAAUUGUUACCACCUGGAGUCCUGAAAUCUUGUAGUCUUGUGAAAGAUUACUGUUGCUCAAACUUUCAACAAACUAGAAAGUUGACUUUGUCUUUACAGUACCUCAUUUUACCCAGAUUCUACUGUAAUACAGUGUAGCAAAGCUCAGGAACGUGUCUUGCGUCAUAUUUAGUACAAAAAGAUAUGUAAUGCUUUAUAAGUUCAAGGUCUAAGGAUGUGAGCCAUCUACCACCUUGCAUCCACAGCCACAUUUCCAAAAGUCUGAACACUGCAUGAUGCUCAUCAAAAUAUACAUACAAAUUGCACCAGUUUAGUUCGUAUCAACAACGUCCCAGUAACACUGAAAUAAAAAUUUAAAAUUCUUCUCCCUGCAUGCUAUCCCAAUCUUUAAAUGGUCACUUGACCUCAGUGCACCCAUUAAAAUAUCUAAAUCUUUUUUAUUAACUUGAGCAAACAAUUCUUAUUUCCCGGCCUGAGUGGCUAAAGAAUAGUUUUUAAACACCCAAACUUGCAUGCUAAUUUCUAAUAAUAAUGAUGAUAAUUAAUUUGUUGUCAUUAUUCAUCGCACGUUCAUCUCACUAAUUCUCUCAUUAACAGCUUACCCAAGAACUGGUAUGACCCACAAACGUAAGUUGGAUUCCAGUGCAUUUGCUCUCUCUUCCUUCCCUGGGAAUCUGGUAUAAAUAGGGAACUUCAUUGUGACAUGGUUACAGCUUUACUGAACUCGAGUGAGAUAGCUUCAUCUGAAUGAAUAUAAGGCUUAUUUUAUUUAAAUACUUACAAAUUAAGACAAAUCAAGAGGAAGUUUAAAGUCAUUUCCUCAAGAUAGGAGGGGGAUUAGUGGGACAUUUUUAAACUUAAACUUCAGUUUUAAAGAAUUAAGCUUUAAUGUGUGUAUUGUCUAAAAAGUUUUUUGUCAAGCUAUUCUCAGUGACAUCUGACCAGAGGCAAAGGGUAAAAUUUUAUUGCCGAGUUUGUUGUUUUAAAAUACUAUCGGCGUGCCGUUUUUUGAAACCAGUGGGAUCAAAUGAGCACCCAUGUGAGUCUAUAAUAUUAUAAACUAGUAAUAACCAAAGGUUACGGUGUGCGGGCGACAAGACGAUCGAAAGUCAAAACGCUUUUACUCUAACGCUGUGUUUUGUGGAAGUUUCACGUGACAGAUGGUCGAAACACGCGUGAUCAGAUUACGAAUGAUAGAAAGUCCAACCGCGUGUGAUCAAAUUGCGUUUUUUACAUUUCAAUCAUUCUUAGUGGAAGUCCACGUAAAUGCAUCGCAUGCGUAAUAACAACCUGGAGAUUAGGAUUGCGGCUCCUCUUGUCGCCCGCAACAAAUAACGAAUGAAUGAAUGAAUAAAUAAAUAAAUGAUUUUUUUGUAAAUGAAUAAACGAGUAUGUGAGUUUGAAUUUUCCUUUAUUCUUUCAAUAUCAGAUUCUUUUUAAGAUCAUGCAUUUUAACCAGUCGUAACAGCAAAGUGAUAACAGGGCGAAUGGAGUGGAAGCUUAUUAGAUAAAAGAAAUCUUAGGUUUUUUUUAACUGGCUGAAUAAAUUAAUGUCUAUCUAAAUGUCCUGUAUUGUUUCACGGUGCAAGCUGCCUUGCAUAACUCAUAAAGAGAAGUGUAUUGUAAUAAUUAUUACACUUAAGAAUUAAAGAAGGUGUUUAAAAUUACUAUUUUGAAUCUCUGCCGAAAACAAAUCAACAACUUCAUUACAAACUACAAUCAUUUCAACUGACCGCAUUAACGUUAAUUUAAAUACUUCUUUAAACAGCAGUUGUUUGAAAUGAAUUGAGUAAAAAAAUUUACGAAUAUUAUUAAAACAAAUUAAUAUAAUCCAUAAAAAUAUGAAGUAAUUUGCAAUUCACGAAUAUUAUUAAAACAAAUUAAUAUAAUCAAUAAAAAUAUGAAGUAAUUUGCAAAUAAAUUAUUUUAUCAAGUCCUCUUAUCGACUUAAACAGCCCCCCAAAUAAUAAUUAAAUAAUAAUAAUAAAUUGAUCCGUUAGGGUGCACUUGGCACAACACCUGCACAGCACAUUUCAGAAACGAGCUCAUCUUAUCAUACUUUAGAUAGUUAAGCGCCUCAUAUAACAGUCAAUAUUGAGUCCCUCUCACAGCAGCUUGCAUUGUAUCUUGAUAGAAAGAACGCCAUUGACGAGACAACAGCAACAUUCACUGGUAAGUUAGUCGUUUGUAAUAAUCCAUUACUCAGUUUUGGGAGUAAACGUGAUAAAGCAAGAAGUGUUCAGUCGAUUUGCAUGGCAAGAAAUAUAGGUCUUAAAAUGUCGUCUUUCCUAGCUGGGAGCACCCUCACUUGAGCGAAUUCGCGGAAAAUUUUGGCGGUGAAGCUACUAGCGCGCGAGAGAAAGUGACCGCCGCAAUUUUUUCCCCAAACUCGCACAAGGGGACAUUUUCGUAGGCGGCAUCACUCCUAAUAAGUUACUAAGUACAACGGUUUUGAGAGUAUGGAGAAAAUUGGUCGGUUUGGGACCUCAAUUCUUUUUCUUAGGUAGAAAUUUCAAAUUUCAUCAUCCACGGAGGCGUAGAAUACAAAUUGUACAUUAAUACGGUGGUUGAGGCGUCAACCGUCAGUAGCUUGGGUGCCCUGUGUAAGUUACGGCCCAUAGGUGCCGAGACGGCCAACCUCAGUGUUUUAAUUACUUUCUAUUAGUUGUGGGCUUUGCUGGUUAUGGAGGUUUUCCACUUUAAAUUCAAGUUCCCUCAACUUCCAAGUGCAUCUGGGUUUUUUUUUGUCAUAACUGACCAACCCUUACACUUUCGUAUUUCAUUGCUUUCUCUAUCGCUCAGACAACUCCGCAACUCGUUUGUAUGUGAUCCGUAAUGAAGAGCCCGGUGAAGCCUGCCUGAAUCAAGUGAAAGCUAAGUAUGUUCUCUUCACGAUUCUUUCCAAGACCAAGUUAUAUAGGAUGGUUUUUCACUUUCAAUGUUGAAGACGAAAUCCUAUGUUGUUAUCAUUCAAAUGAAACCUCUUUGGCUGAACGUUUGAAUAGUACUGUUUAUUUCUAUGCACUUUGCAAGAAGGUGACUGUGGAACUUUGUCAUUUUGCGGAAGAGAUGUUAAGAAACAAAAACAUGUUCACGUGACACACCAUCACGUUAUCACUUACGAUUACGGUGUCACGCCAUGCAGAUGAGUUGCUACUGGGUCUUUGAGGAUGUUUCCAACCAUUGAAAAUGAAGAAAUGAUCGUCGCAGUGAACGCAAUUUAUGCAAUUGCGUAAAGAAGCCUGAAAAAAAUUCAGGACUUCAACGGGAUUUGAACCCGUGACCUCGCGAUACCGGUGCGAUGCUCUGCCAACUGAGCUAUGAAGCCACUGACGUUGGGAGCAGGUCAAUUGUGGGUUCAUAUGUUCCCGUGAAAGAAAUGAGUGUUAAUGAUAUAUGAAAUAAAUCAUAUAUGAACUGCUGAAAUGAAAUGAAAAUGAAGAAAUGAUCGUCGCAGUGAACCAUUGUUUGAUUUUUUGUUGUCAAUUGUUUCUAGCUCCUACUCGUUGCGAUCACGGACCAGUUUUGUGUUAGUGGUUCGUAAGGAGGCUCAUAUUUACCUUUGGCAUGGCUGCAAGUCAAGCGAUGACUCGCGUUCUACUGCUAGAGCAGCAGCUAAGAAAGCACAGGAGAGGUACAUGUUAAGCUAUUGAUACCAGAGAUUACUGUUAUGGACAGUUCACUAGAGAGCUUUAGAUUCUGAGACGAGGACGACUACGUGUGCGAGAUUUUCUCAAUACCGAGUAUUGUUCACGCGUGAACCAGCGUCAUUUUGGCGGGAAAACGUGAUAGCCUUCGUCAUUGUACUACGAGUUUUAGCGAGAAUGUCGUAGUAGCGUAAGCAAGUUGUCAAAUGUAACAAGUUUUAUCAUUUUGCUAUCGCGAGAGGGCUUAACCUCUUCAGUAUAAAUAACCCUACUAACUUUUUUGGUGAAAAAAAGUAAAAUGAAGCUUUCCGAGGUGUGUUCUUUUUGAGAACACGCACUAAAACGUAACGUUAAAUCUCGUACUUGUACUUGUACUCGUUCUCGUCCUCAAAUCUAAAGCCCUCUACUAAUGCUUUAGCAACAGUAACUUAAAAGUGUAGCUUUUCCUUUGGAAAAAAAUGCUUUGCUUGAAAAUUACACUUCUAAAAGCUUAGUUACUUUUAAGCUUUGGUUGUUGGCUUCAUUGCCCCCCCCCCCCCCCCCCAUCCCCCGGCUAUUCCAGACAACACACACUUGCUUAUCAUUAUACUGCAGCCAUAGCCUGAGAAAACAGCUGACUUUUCGUGACGCCACCAAUGGUUUCACCGCGAAAUGACGUCUGAGAAACGAGUACAGAAAUUCCAUACUGAUGACAUGCCACGAGGGAAUAGGCCACCUCCGAGUUCCAAAAACCCUCACUUUCAAAAUGAGGCUAGGUGCGCAACCUUUCUUGUGAAAAUGAGUUUUAGUUGCAUAAGAUUGAAAAAUGAUUUCCAUAUCAAAGGCUGAGCACCUACCCUCGUUUUGAAACCGGGGCCCCGGGGGAACUCGGAAAUGGCCUAUUUGCUUCAACUAAUCACAAGCACUGCCUAGAUCUUGGAAAGGACACGUCAUAAUUAGGAAUUUCUGCGCUCGUUUCUUAGACGUCAUGCCGCGGGGAAACCAGUGGUCAGGUGGCGUCGCAAAAUGCCUUUGUAAGGCUAGGUCAGCCGUUGUUUGCACCCUUUUAUGUGUGCUGGAGAAGUGAGUAAUUUGCGGGAAGGUUCAACUCCAGGGCACUUUGACUGGUUAGAGAUUUGCGGGGUUACUAUUUAUGCUUAGUGGGCAAAAUAGUUGCAAAACAUUUUCUAGUUGCAGUCUGAGUAGCCUCCCACGCAGACGUUCUUUUGGCUCGUCACGUAAUCCUCACCAAGGAACGCGUGACAAAGCCCUGAAAACGCAUACGUGGGAGGCUACAGUCUUGAGUUCUGACCAAACCAGUUGAUUUAGAAUUGUUCCACUGGAAAAAUGUUACUUGAGGUUUACUUCCCCCUAACUUACUGAACUGCUCGUUUCAUUUUAACCCUUUUCUUUUCUUUUCUUUCUUUUUUCUUUUUUCUUUUCUUUUCCUUUUUACAGGAAAAGCGUAGAGUGUAACUUGACUGACUUGUCAGGAAUUAGUCUGAGUGAAGUUGAAGAAGGAAACGAACCAGAUGAGUUUUGGAAAGCUAUUGGAGGAAAGAAGUACUAUUGUAGUCUAGCACAUGGUAAAUAUGUCCUCCCCCCCUCCCUUCACUUCCUUCUUCCAUUUCUAACAGCAGCCUUUCUUUGGAACUGAUUUUUAUUUAGCUUAGAGUUUAGUUUCAAUACUCGCUGUAGUAGUGUUGUUGCUUUCAAUUCCAUGGAUCCUAUAAUUUUUUUUAGCCAAUCUCAAGUUAUUUCUCUCCUAUUUGUCACGCUGAUGAGGAAUGGAGGGGAGCCACUCGAGGCUGCAAAGUUCGGGCCAGGGUCCCGUUUCUCGAAAGUCCCGGUAACUCUUCAGGCCCCGAAAGCUGUUUUGUGUCUGCCAGGGUUGCAUUCGAGUUCAAAGUUGUAAUGAAUGAAAAUAUCGGUUAACGAAGAAAAUCGACUUGUUUGCGAGCUAGGAACUGUGCUACUAUUCAACUGGUUUUGAUUUCAAAAAUUUGCUUUCGGACCCGAAAAGUUACCGGGUAUUUCGAGAAACGGGCCCCAGGUGAUAAUGUCCAUUACCAACAUAGUGUUAUAAGCUACCAAAGAAAGACGAGAUCUUGUCCAUUCCAGACUUCCAUCCAUAUUAUUUUUUGUCUUUCUCUAGAUCCCUCGAAACAUAAUUAUCAGCCCCGCCUUUUUGAGCUGAGCAGUGCCACUGGAAAGUUUAAUGCCACUGAGGUUUUGUGUCCUGCACGCUCAGAACCAAAGCUGUGCCCUUUUCCAUUUCUUCAAGAAGAUCUGUAUACAGCUAAACAACCAGGUUAGCUAGAUAUAAAGCCUUAAACCAGCUUUUGGCCGAACAACUUUGUAAAUGGUUUUUACCUUAUUAGAGUUUUCGGGUUGUCCCAAGUGUAAAGGGAAUACUAUGAACUCUUUCUAAGCCGAAUACUCGGAAAAACAGCUGAAUAUCUGAAAUGUUUGCUUCAACUGAAUUCUGAUUUCCACUCAAGAAGUAUGCGUUUCAGCAAACAAAACCUACUCUGCCCCAUAUACAACAACUCUACUGAAAGGGGGGGGUGGGGGGGUGAACAAUCACGCUCCCCUCUUGAAACAAAGUGUAUUGAUUGAUUGAUUAAUUGACGGUUAAGGCCCCAUUGAUUAUACUAGGCAGUAGACAAUAAUACUAAAGAGACGUAUUCUGCAAAGUUUACAUUACCAUAGUCGAACGUAUAUGCCUUUGUGAGUUUGUGUGGGACUGGGCCAGUGAUGUGACGAAUUGUUUUAUGCGACUGUUUUAUAGACGCUUUCAUCUCUUUGAUUGGCUAUAUAUCAGAAAGUUUCACAAGAGAUGUGGUCAACAUUCAUCUCCCAAAAAGUUGCGUAGUGCAAUUCGACGCAAGAUGAUAAAAGAUCGACCAAAUCUAAGAUGAUUAAUGUUCAAAUUGUUCGUUUAUUUUGUGUAGGAUUGUUCAUAGUCGAUGGAUAUUAUGAUGUCUAUGUUUGGGAAGGAUGGAUGCCAGAGGAUGAUGAUGAUGUAAGAACUGGAUCAGGGAGACAGCGAUGGGACAAAGAUCGACGACUUGCUAUGGAAACAGCUCUAAACUAUGCUAAAGGUUUGUUUUCAAGUAAUCUUUGCAUCAUUUGUUUUUCCAAGAUGUUUUUCAUCUGGCGUUGAUUGCCAUUUACGUGGAAAAACCCGUCGGAUGACUUUUUGGGCAAAUGAUAAAAUUCUGUCGGGGAAUCGUAUUCCCCCUUACACAAAUCAGUCACGUUUUACGAAAAACGGCCACUUGAUGGAAUGGAACGCGAUUUUCCAUGUGGAACGUACCAGGCAGGAAAACAGGACUUCAGACGUGACACUGGUCCCGAAAGUUUUCCUUUGGAACGACCCCAAAAGUCCUGUGUCGUCUACUUUUCAACCGGAAUAUCAGAUGACUCUGUGAAUGCUAGACCCACUCCCCCCCCCCCCCUUGUGUUGUCAAACAAAAACCAAAGUAAUUCUAGCCAAUCAAAGAGCGAGUAAGCAAUCACUAAACCAAUCACAUCGUGAAGCAAAUCCAUGAACCCGGCGCCGUGCCAAAGGCGGAAAAAGAGAACCAGCGGGAAGUCAGGAUCAGUUUUUUAUAUUUCACUCUGUCUGAUGUUUAUAAAGGAGCAACAUAUAUUUUGGCUGUGAUAAAGAGUAACAAUGCAAAAGAAGGGUGGUGGGAAACAACAGUAACCUUCGGCAUUCAAUUGGAAAACACUUUUACUGAAUUUUUUUUAUUUUGCAGAAGCUGGAAAGCGAAUUUCGCACCGAGUAUAUGUGGUUUAUGCUGGCAUGGAACCGAUGACUUUUAAAGCCCUUUUUCCUUACUGGAACGAUACACCUGAUGUAAUUAGAAUACAGAAACAGGUUUGUAAUUUUACUUUGUAUACAUUUACAAACUUUUUCUCCAUUUUAUUGUCAGUUCAGCGUCUGAUUUGUUCAGGAGGCAGCAAGGGGGCCGAGUGGUCAGAACGCGCGAUCCUGGGCUCGAGUCCCGCUCUAGCCACUUCCGGCUUAAUAUGUUCGCGGUUGCCCCGAGUUCAAAUCCUCGGUCACGCUCGUAAAUAGCCAACUGGCUGCCUCCUGUUAGUUGUGGAGGCCAGAAUCUUAUACUCAUCUCUCUCAGUCUUAAUGUCUGAUUAUGUACCUUUAGUGAUCGUGUAACAAGACAAUCACAUAAUUGCAACGUGUGUCAUUUUUACAGGAUGGUAAGCAGCCAAACGUCAGACACUCUGCCAGCGAACUGCUACAUCAGUUCACAAAGUAAGUCUCACAAUAAACAGACAACUUCAAACCAAAGUUUUUCCUAUACUAAACUGACGCCGAUAUAACGAACCUCUUUAAUAUAGCCCCGGUAUAACGAACAAGGUCUUUGCCCCAAAUGAAGUAAAAUGUUUGGAUAAAGCCUCGAGGCAGGAAGAACGGCUGAAAUCAGAGACUCCGAAGAGCUCCGUGACAGCUUAAAUUUCGGUUUAAUACUUCAUCACCUCAGCUGUUUAUUAUUGGGUUUAGAGGUGUACAUGUCACUCAAAUACUACCUAUUGAUUGGUUGUAACGUGGAUGAAUAUUUAAUAAAUGUGCUUUCGAAAGCUCUUUGGUGUCUUGUGUGAAAAGACGUGUUUUAGUGUGCUUUUUUAACAUAUCAUAAUUUGCGUUCCUAGGGACUUUUACUCUCUGGCUGAGCUUCAGAAGACUCCCCCUCCACAAGGUGUUGAUCCUGCUAAACUGGAAGCUUAUCUGAGUGAUGAAGACUUUCAAGUAAGCGCAGAGCACAUUCUCCACUUUAUUAACUAUAAUUUUCCUAUGGUCGGUCAAGCCUUUGGGAAUGGCCAACUGACCGUUUACACGUAAUACAGGUUGAAAGUUGAAUACAGUUUUUCAAAAUGAAGAUGGCGAAAAGGUGGAAUCAAAAUAUGUCAACUCCUUCGUAUGUCAAACGAAGGAAAGUUAGAGACCACUGAACGCCAUGCACAUUGUAUUCAUCUAAUUUCUAGUAAUGUGUAUAGACCAUGUAAUAGAUGUGAAGACAAUCAUAUCUGGAUGACAGCUUAAUACAGGUUUGACUGUGAUGAUAAGGAGAAUUUGUUUAAGACUCAACUUUUCCCCAGUUUUACUGUCCCUGUUUUUGUUUGUAUGUAUGAUUGUCCUGUGUUCAAAGCACGGACACGGAAACAUCAUCAUGAUCGUCGCAGUUCUACAAUAUUGGACGGAUUAAAGCCGUGCGAGAGCGAAAUCGCGCCAUUUUCCCAACCUUGAUCUGGGGGGUGGGGUUAAGGGGUUGGAUUGGGUCUAAAUUUUCCGUCUGUUUUGUUCAAGAUCGUAGUCCGUCAUAUUCUUUGUUGCUUUGAUUAAUUGAUUGAUUGAAUGAUCCAUGUUAGGAAAUUUUCAAGAUGGACAAAGAAGCAUUCAAUAAGCUACCAGGCUGGAAACAAGUGAACCUCAAGAAGGCUGUUCGUCUUUUCUAA